GCCGCCUCCCCCGCCGGCUCCCCCCGGGGCUCGCGCCCGGCCUCGCCGGCGCCCGGCCCGCAGGCGCCGCGGGUGGACCUGCAGGGCGCCGAGCUCUGGAAGCGCUUCCACGAGAUCGGCACCGAGAUGAUCAUCACCAAGGCCGGGAGAUGGAUGUUGGGCUUCUCUUUUUAUAGGUAUGUUUACCAUAGCUCUAAAUGGAUGGUGGCUGGUAAUGCUGAUUCGCCAGUACCACCUCGUGUUUAUAUUCACCCUGAUUCUCCCGCCUCAGGGGAGACUUGGAUGAGGCAAGUGAUCAGCUUUGACAAAUUGAAACUUACAAACAACGAACUGGACGAUCAGGGACAUAUCAUCCUUCAUUCUAUGCACAAAUACCAGCCCCGUGUUCAUGUCAUUCGUAAAGACUGUGGAGAUGACCUGUCACCAGUCAAGCCUAUCCCUUCAGGAGAAGGAGUCAAAGCAUUCUCUUUUCCUGAAACUGUUUUCACUACAGUAACAGCGUACCAAAAUCAACAGAUCACUCGAUUAAAGAUUGAUAGGAAUCCAUUUGCCAAAGGGUUUAGAGAUUCUGGACGUAACAGAAUGGGACUGGAAGCUUUAGUUGAGUCGUAUGCAUUCUGGAGACCAUCACUAAGGACACUUACUUUUGAAGAUAUACCUGGGAUACCGAAACAAGGAAACACAGGCUCCUCUACCUUACUCCAGGGAUCUGGCAGUGGAGUUCCAUCUACCCACCCUCACCUCUUACCAGGUUCCCCUUGCUCUUCUCCUGCCUUCCACAUCAGUCCCAACACUAGCCAGCUUUGUAGCCUUGCUCCAGCUGAUUAUACAGCUUGUGCCCGCUCAGGCUUAACCCUUAACAGAUACAGCACUUCUUUGGCUGAGACCUACAACAGGCUCACAAACCAAACCAGUGAGACCUUUGCACCCCCACGGACUCCCUCUUACGUUGGUGUGUCAAGUAGCACAACUGUGAACAUGUCGAUGGCGAGCAAUGAUGGUGAUGCAUUCAGCUGCCCACAAACCGGCUUAUCCAUGCAGAUUUCAGGGAUGUCUCCACAGCUCCAGUACAUCAUGCCAUCCCCAUCCAGCAAUGCCUUUACUACUAAUCAAACCCACCAAAGCUCUUACAAUACAUUUAGACUCCACAGUCCCUGUGCCUUGUAUGGAUAUAACUUUUCCACAUCCCCCAAACUGGCUGCCAGUCCUGAGAAAAUUGUUUCUUCCCAAGGAAGUUUCUUGGGGUCUUCACCAAGUGGAACCAUGACUGAUCGGCAGAUGUUGCCCCCUAUGUUGCCCCCUGUGGAAGGAGUGCACUUACUUAGCAGCGGGGGGCAGCAGAAUUUCUUUGACUCUAGGACCCUAGGAAGUUUAACACUCUCCUCAUCUCAAGUGUCUGCACAUAUGGUUUGAUUAAGUCUUUAAGUAAAAGUACAGUAUGUUUGGUGUCUACAAUGUAUUUCUUUUGCAAUAUAAAAGACACUUAAUCUAGCUUGUAAAUGUAUAUAUAAUAUGAGAAGAAGUUUCACUGAAUCUUUUGACUUGGUUGUGGCCAGCCUUGUUCUUUAUUUUGAGUUACACUUGAGUUUGUUGCAGCACAGUCCACUUGCUUCUCUAGUAUAAUACACUUAAUUGUAUAACACGUUGGGACACAUGCAACAAAUUAAGCAAGGCUUCCUCUCCUUCUUCCCCUUCCCCCUUUCUUACCCUUUUAAGGAACGAAAUGACACUUAAAGAAUUAAACAACACAACAAAGCCACAUACACUUCCCAUAAAACCAGCAGAUUUCCUUUAAAUGUUUGUACAGUGCUGAGCUGGUGCACCAAAGGCAAGUUGCACGUUUCUUCUCUGUUAUAAGAGAUAUGAAAGGCAUUUGGACUUGGCUGUGUGAAGCAUGUGGAGUCCAGUCUAAAAUAGAAAUUUAGCUAUGGAUUAGGUACAAAAUAAAUUUGAAAUAAUAGCUUUCUUUUUCAUGCAACGCUUUUUUUAGCCUGUCAGAAGUUUGUCAUUCUUAUGAGGUUAGUCUAGUUUUGCCUUAUAAUGUGACCUCAUUUAAAAACAAAUGCAGAUGCAAAUUAUGAUGCUAAGAGUAAACUACAAGCAGUAACAGAAAUACCAGCAUUCCUCUGCAUGGAGUCAAUUUUGGGGAGAUUAAUUUUUGUCAAGGGAAAGGUUUGAUCUAUUUUUUUCUUU